UUUAUUUUUGUUUCCAAAGCUUUUGGGCCACUCUCCAAUGGCUUCUCCGGCUAAUCAUUUGAUCUAACAAAAAGAGAGAGAGAGAGAGAGGGAAGUCGAAAAGCUUGGAAAUGGCGAUGCCGCUGGGCAUGGCGAUGUAUCUGAUGAGAAUGGUUUGGUUAUCUCUGAGUGGUUGGGUGUUCACUUGCGUGGCUAUCGCCGACGAGAUCGCUGGUUCUCUAAGAAACGGAGAUAUUGGUCCAUUCCAUGUGGGAUGAUCCAAUUUCCAGAUUCUUUAGCUCUCCUUCUCUGCUGCCUUUCUGAUUUCAGGAAGGGCAUAUGCUUCAGUAAACACCAGCGCACAUCAACUGAAUUUGCUGUCGAGUCCUUCUAAUGGUAUGCAGGCAAGGUUCUACACUAUGAUACUUAUCUAUUGUAUCGAACAUUUGGACAGAGAGAAAGAGAGGAGACAGAGAGCUGAGUAGUAUAGAUUAGGUGUAGUAGAGUAGUUCCACACCAUAAGUGAAACCUGACCUCAUACGUGUUGGAAACGGUGAGUUCAAUCAAUUUUCACGAAUCAUGUAGCCUCUUUUGCUUGGAAGAAUCACACAGAAGAAGAGGAAUACUUUCCUUUGAAUUUACUUGUAUAUUUUUAGCUCAUUAAAUAACAUCCAAAAGAAAUCUAUUUCAUUUGAAUGGAGAACCAAACUUUAUUGGUCUGCCAAGAUCCACCUCUAAAACUAUUGAGCUUUCCUCUUUGAGUA